GCUUUGAUGCUGGUGUUUGGUAGAAGAAGGUUGCUCACAGUUCUUCUGCAGGCUCAGAGGUGGCCCUUUCAACCCUCCAGAGACAUGAGACUGGUACAGUUCCAGGCACCUCACCUGGCAGGACCUCGCCUGGGCUUGGAGUCAGGGAAUGGCAAGGGGGUCAUUGACCUCAAUGCCUUUGACACCACGCUCCCCAAGACAAUGGUAGAGUUCCUGGAGCAAGGAGAGGCCACCCUGUCAGUGGCGAGAAGAGCCCUGACUACCUCACUGCCAGUCCUGCCACAGUCAGAGGUGACCUUCCUGUCCCCAGUCACACGGCCAGACAAAGUGGUAUGUGUGGGUAUGAACUAUGUGGACCACUGCAGAGAGCAGAAUGUGCCCGUGCCCAAGGAGCCCAUCAUCUUCAGCAAGUUUGCCAGCUGUAUUGUGGGGCCCUACGAUGAGAUCAUUCUGCCACCUGAGAGCCAGGAGGUGGACUGGGAGGUGGAGAUGGCUGUGGUCAUUGGAAAGAAGGGCAAGCAUAUCAAGGCCACAGAUGCCAUGGCUCAUGUGGCUGGCUUCACUGUGGCACAUGAUGUAAGUGCUCGGGACUGGCAAAUGAGACGCAAUGGAAAACAGUGGCUGCUGGGAAAAACUUUUGAUACUUUCUGCCCCCUGGGCCCUGCCUUGGUGACCAAGGACAGUGUAGCAGAUCCACACAACUUAAAAAUCUGCUGCCGAGUCAACGGGGAGGUGAUGCAGAGCAGCAGCACCAGCCAGAUGGUGUUUAAGACAGAAGACCUAAUUGCCUGGGUCUCCCAGUUUGUCACUCUCUACCCAGGAGACAUCUUCCUGACUGGGACACCCCCAGGUGUCGGUGUAUUCAGGAAACCUCCUGUCUUUCUCAAGAAGGGAGAUGAAGUCCAGUGUGAGAUUGAAGAGCUAGGCGUCAUCAUCAACAAGGUGGUGUGA